AAAGUGUUCAAUGCGAAAGAGAGGAAAAGAGAGAGGGUUGUUCUUGAGUUGAUUGUUUUGUUUAUGUUGUUUGAUUGGUGAAUCUUACUAAUUGUUGUAAUUAAUUUAGUUUUUAGAUUAAUUUUUUGUCUUUUAUUUAAUUUUCAUAAGUAAAUAAUGUCUUCUUCUGAAGAGGUUUCUUGGAUUUCUUGGUUUUGUGGUUUACGGGGCAAUGAAUUUUUCUGUGAAGUUGAUGAGGAUUAUAUUCAAGAUAAAUUUAACCUUACUGGAUUAUCUGACAGUGUACCACAUUAUAGACAAGCAUUGGAUAUGAUUCUUGACCUGGAACCGGACGAUGAACUGGAAGAUAAUCCGAGUCACAGUGAUGUCGUUGAACAAGCCGCUGAAAUGUUAUAUGGUCUGAUACAUGCUCGUUACAUUUUAACCAAUCGUGGAAUCGCCCUUAUGAUUGAGAAAUAUCAAAAUGGUGAAUUUUCAACAUGUCCGAGAGUUUAUUGCGAAAAUCAGCAGCUUCUUCCAAUUGGUUUGUCUGACAUUCCCGGUGAAGCAAUGGUCAAAGUGUAUUGUCCAAAAUGUAAUGAUGUGUAUAAUCCUAAAUCAAGUCGUCACCAACACACCGAUGGUGCUUAUUUCGGCACUGGAUUUCCUCAUAUGCUUUUUAUGGUACACCCUGAAUAUCGACCUAAAAAACCAACAUCCCAAUUUGUCCCACGUUUAUAUGGCUUCAAGAUACAUCCACUGGCUUACCAAUUACAACAGCAAGCAGCAGCUAAUCAUAAACCAAUUAGACCAAUUACUUAUGCCAACAGUAACAAAAGGUAGAAAAUUAAUUAGAAACUAACUGAUAGCCAUAAGCCCAAAAAAUAACAACAAAAAAACCUUAUUCUUUCCUUCCCGUUCCCCACCAAAUAUCUCACAAGAAUAAAGAAUAAAAAGCCUAACUUGUCUUUAUAA